UCCAUCGGAAUAUCAACAUCAGCCGUUUCGUCCAAUUCCAACAUCCUUCGUAGUUCACUGCGUGCCAGUACUGCCAGUGCGUGCUAUUGUGAUCUUACUAUUGCGGCAUUGCAACAGACAUUUGGAAAAAGUUACCCGAUACUAGCAGUAGAGAAUUGACUAGUAGUUAACUCCUCUUGUACGGUUUAUCAUUUGUCGUAUUACAUUUUACCGUCUGCAGUAACAUUUGUAUUGAGUUAAUAUGAGGAAUCUCGGUUUAUAUCUUUCUAUUUUUCUGCUAACGUGGAAAAUCGUGACAUGCGAAGAGAAUGAAGCCGAAGACCCGGUGUCUAUGACCAGGCACAACGAAGACAAAAAAGACACAUAUUUCGUGGAUCCAUACUCGUUUGAUUACGAUAGAGCAAACAAAAAGAUGGCCAGCGGGCAAGUGGUUCAGUUUCCACGAACUGAAAAAAAUUUUAUCAACGACGAUCAAUGUCAGCGAGACUUGAAACAGUGCAAAGAUACCCUUGAGAAGAUUGAACUUGAUGGACUCUUUGCCAAGCGACUUAUUAAUCUGUUGCUUUCAAAUGUUAAGUUUAAGGAAAAUGGGGAGCUGCUGAGUGGUUCCAUAUUUCUAUCUGGAACCAAAGAACAAAUUCAAAAAAUCCAAGAAUAUGGCAAUGGGAAAAUUACAAUGCGUCAAGUCGAUGCUAUCUUUACUGACAUUAUUAAGUCAACUAGUAAUGUAUUCACUGAGGUUCUUUCGGUAAUUGACCAGUUACUUGUCACCUAUCGUCAACAUGAAAAGAUCUUCACAACAGUGUUUGCAUCUUCAGCAAUACUCCUAUUCAUCAAACUUACAAACUGGAGUACUGGGAAAGUUAUCAUUACCUUUAUUGCAAUUGUCUUUCUGAUCAGCUAUAUUAUGAUGUGGUCACAGCUUUUGAAGGAAGCUGAAAUUAAACACUUCACAGCAGUAAGAAUACAUAAACAACCACCCAUCCAGUGCGACCCAGAAAAAAUGGGUAUUUGGGACAGAAUCACGGGUUACUUCGAUGGAACGGAUCAAUGCCUUGAGUAUUACAAAACUAUCAAUUACGAUCCCUAUCACGAAGUCACUCCAGUGGAUGUACUCGUCCAGUUUGCAGAUCGACUGAUGUUACAACCAAUUGCGCGAUUUGGAUCUGUAAUCAAUCUUGUCAUUCACAAUUCCACCAAGGACUUGAGCUUUGGAUUGAGAUGGAUCGUCACAAUUCUCCUUUAUGCUGGUAUUGUUAUAUCUAUCAUCCUGCUGCCUUUUUCUAUAUUUGGCGGUGAUUUUCGUGUCUGGUUUGGUCCAUUCGGGAUGUCUUUAGGAAAAUCAAUCACAAAUCAGAGUCACACACAACAAAAACACAUGGUUGAGCAGCGGGAACCUGUAAAAGUCAUUGUGCAGAACUACAUUGACAGUGGGUCACAAAAACCAGCCUUGAGUACAUCUGCUCACACUGUAAGCAGUAAUGAACUAGCAAAAGUUAAGGGCAAAGCCGGAAAUGAGGAAACAACGGAGAAACAAUCAAGUUUUAGUACUACGUGCAAAGCAUGUUGUAGCAAAGAUAUAUUCAGUUUGAAUGACUCACAUGUGACAGAGGGUGAAGAUCUGGUGAAUGAAUCGACGAAAAGUGAAGUUCGAAAAAAUGAGAAAGGAGACGGUGACUGUUGAACUAUACUAAUUGUUUCUCAGAUAUUUAACAUUUAUUAAUAGUACUACCGAAGUAAUGAAUAGUAGAUUUUUUAACGACAAUUUAAGUAUUAUUAUUAUCAUUAUUAUUACUAUUAUUAUUGCCUGUUACAAGGGAACCUGUUAUACCUUGGAUCUAUUUUCGGUUUCGAUUUAUUUAGAAAUCAGGCUGUGCAGAUGAUAAUGCUAACCGAAUUGAAUGUUAUUCUCUCGGGCCUUAGGCAUGUUAUAAAUUUGGAACAUUAAUUACAUAUUACGAUUUAUACGUUUUUUGGGUCUUUUCUAGAAAAGUAGAUUAGGACUCAAGGUACACCCAGGUAAAGUCCAAUCUGACGCACCUAAUUUUAGCAGGGCAUAAACAAGGUUGGCAGCAGUAGCAUCUAAGUUACGUCUAUUGAAUAACACACGCUGUAUCUGCUUAAUGCACCACUGCGAUUGGUUAGAUACUGUCAGGACACAAAAAAAUUUGUUUUUUAAUCAUGCGACUAUGUUUUCCUCGGUAGUAUGUACCUACCUAUUUAAUAUCUGGUGAUCACAUCAAAACACAUGUUGUUGGUAAAUUAUGAACAAGUUGUAUUGAUAAUAAUAACUGUGAUAUAUGUAUACUAACAUAAUAUUAUCGUAAAGUAUUUAAAAUAAUGAAAAUUUCGGGAAUUGUGAUGUAAGGUAAAUGUAUUAGUUGCCAGCCACAGAUAUUUUACCACAGAAAUAAAUUAGCUGUACACUUGUUAGAAGAAUCAAUUGCUUCACAAGAUGUGUGAUUACCACAAUAACUUACAAAAGGGAAUGAAUCGCGAUGGAAAAUUUCUAAGUAAGAUGAGAAGUUUCAUGGUUACGAAGUCUACACUAAUUUCCAACCAGAGGUAAAAAAAAGUGGCCGACCACCUAAUUCUUAGAGUGUAUAUGCUCUAGGUCGAGCCUAUGGCUUGGUCACUAGCACAUCCACUCUAUAAUCACGACAAGUAUAACAACCAUAACAAACAUACUAACAAUAAGUUUCUCAUAAGUAAACUUUACAUCACGUCUCUAUAAUCAUCUUAAAACUUCCCCAAUCGGAGAACAAUUAGUAAUCAGAAAUAAUAGACACAUUGUACCUGGAACAUGUCCAUGGUACAACACCAUGUCACAAUACAUUAAAACAAUCCACAGAAUUUUUAGAUUAAAAAUACAAUAUUGCGAAUUGCUACCAAACCAAAAUAGCGGACACCAUAGUGUGUUUCUAAUUUUGCUCUAUUUAGUCAGUACUAAGAAGAAAUAUACCCCUUUAUUUUUACAAAGCUUUCCUCUAUAUUUCCCGUAAAAUUAUCUCGCUUGAGCAUUGUGAAGCCUUCCUUUAAGCAGUCGCACGCGUGUUAUUUGACGUUUGAAACUUACUUAUCGUUGUUAUUAAGUGAAACACGUAUUAAUUUUGAGUAUAAAAGCAUAUGUCCAAGGUACAAUAGGGUCCCCCCUAUACCAUGUUAAAUUGAGCAGAAGAGUGUCAAAUAUUCUUCACAUUGCGAAUUACGUAUAUUAGUAGGUAAUUUUGUACUGUGUACAUAUUUCGUUUUAUUUAAAUUUAUAUAUAUAACUGUGGUGAUUUUGUUUUACAACACAUACCUAUAUUGCAAUUAUGCACUGUAAAGCUAAAAUUUGCACAUGUAAAUUUAUAGUUGAUGCAUUCUUUCCAUGCUUCUCACAGAUAUAUAAAAUUUGUUGCCCAAUGUAGAUUAUUCACUGCCGAUUUUUUACUAAUGCUUGAUGUACAAGUAAAUAUUAUUCUCUUUUUAUCGCUAAAAGGACAAUGACAGCUUCUUUUUUUUUAUUAUUAUUAACUCAGAAGUACAGAAUUGUCAUUAAUAUUGAUUAGUUGAAACGAUCUUAAAAUUCUUAAAACAUAAGUCAAAACAAGCUACAAGAGAUACUUUAAAACUUUAAAUUAUAAUCGUUAUGCAUUUACUAAGAUCGUAUUUUAUUAAAUUUGGUUCAUUAAUGUUAUGUUGCUGUUUGUCAGUACAUUGCAUUGAAAGACUAAUCAUUUUAAUGGUUAUCAAACGUCUUAUAUACUAUCGUCGGGUGUUUCUGAACUUGAGGUUGGAAAACCUUCAUUGUUUGUUGUUGUUCAAGGGAUAAAAACAUUUAAAAACGGAUGUUUAACAACAAUUUUAAAGCUUUUGAUGAUGCAGAGGUGUUUAUCAUACUGUCUCAAUUUUUUUAUUUAGGGCAUAUACAACCUAAAUUGCUACUGAAUCGUUGAAUAGUCAUAGAAAAAAUUAGGGGAACUUAAAUUUCGGUGUGGCAUGAGUUGACAAUUGUGCAAUAAGAAUAAUCAAUACAAAAUUCACAAACAAUUCGUAAUUUUUCUCAUUCGUCUUAUUAUUUUCGUCAAUUAUGUGCGUCACCUUUCUCAUUCAGGAAUUGCCUCGAACGACAGCUGAAGCUAUGAAAUUAAUAUUCUAUAAAAUUCAGAAUUUGUUGUAUUUUGUUUUUGCAUUUACAAUCCUACAAUCUACUUAAAUAGUAUAGUAUACUACAAAACCAGUUCAAACUGAUGGAAAGUGAAAGAUAUCGCUGAACGUCGUAUUGACGAAAUGAGACAACUACAAAAUAACUUAUUGUACUAGUAUAUAGAUUUUCUAACAAUUUUAAUGUUUAAACUUUUGAACUUUAUAACUUAUUUUUCAUAAAUAUUGUUGCUAUCAUUAGUGUUUGAUUAUAGAAAAUAGAGUUUAAUUAAAAAAAACAUUACAUGAAAAGUAUACAUGGUACAUAUUUUUUAUUACCACAUUUCGAUUCAAGAGCAUCAUAUCUAUUAUAAUCACACAUAA